CCAUGGAGAGUUCACAUUCUCAGGUUCUCGCAGUGAUAUGUCUAGUAUCAUUGGUCAAUUCGAGUCCAAGUCACUUCACAUACGAUCACAGCUUGGAACAUUAUGCUCACCCCAACUACCUGUUUAACUACGGGGUCCACGACAUCAAGACCGGGGACAUCAAGAGCCAAUGGGAGACCCGUGACGGUGCCACGGUCCGUGGCCAAUACAGCCUUGUGGAGGCCGACGGUUCAGUCCGCACCGUAGAAUACACAGCUGACGACCACAACGGGUUCAACGCAGUAGUCUCUAAGUCCGGAGUCAACGCACAUCCAAAACCGGUUUACCAAAAACCGGUUGUAACCAUAGCAAAACCGGUUCUCCCGGCGGCACCGCCCAGACCGGUUUACACCCCCACGUUCGUUCACAAACCGGUUUCCUACCCUUACCCAGAGUUCUCUCCAGACUUUCAGUACAAACCUCUGACUCCGUCGUUUGAAAAACCACUAACCCCUUCUAUUAAUCAUUUCACUCCGUCUUUUCCGGAUUACUUUGGAGGGUUCGAGUCCUACCCGUUUCUGUACUCUAAUAACUUUUUCCCAAAUGUAGAUGGGUUCAAGUUUGAACUGCCCACGCCGACGCAGCAGUCCCCAUCGGUGAACAACCCAGGACCUGUUUUGUUCCCACAAAAUCCUGACAUUGACCUGAACAACCCACCUCCUGAUCAGACUUCUGGUGUGAAAAUACCAAAACCAAUCAUUACUGUAAACCGGACCCCAAAAGCUUUCCGCACUCCUGUAAACACCCAGAAACGACCUUCGACUCACCUUUCUCUAUCUUCCAGUUUAGGCUACUCCUACCCCAAACCCGCUGUUCGAUUAUAUCAAUAGUUCAAGGCUCCUAGAUCUUCCAAAGCACGUGUAUUGAAGUUCGCCAUAAACAUUGGAUAGGAUGGUUGUCUUAGAUUAGUCGCCCUAUAGACUACUGUGAUGUUUUCCACUGACAAAUAUUGCAUUAUGUUUAGAUCUACAUUAUAAUGGAAGUUAGUAGUGAGAUGUUAGUACUAUACUAGAGGCACAUCAGUAAUUUAACAGAAUACAAUACAAAAUAUUUAAUAGCUAUCUCAAUCCAAACAAUUCCUGUAAUUAUUUUUGAAGGUCAAAGAUCGAAGAGCAAAAUAAUUUAUCGCUAAGACCUUGAGUUGGAUCUGAUUCAUGGCGUGAUCGUGGUUGAAUUACGAUACUGUCUUGUAUUUCUUUCGCAAACUUCACAAAACUGACAGUGAGACUUUGGUCGUGAUUUACAAUCGAUUGCAAAAUCCGAUUCGGCGAAUCGAUCGACUUAUCGCAGUCGAAAUAAUUGUUUAAAUUGUGUUU